AUGGUUGGAGUAAGGUGCAGCUUCAAACUCCUCUAUGCAAUUGUGGUGCUGAUUUUACUACACAUGAACAAUCCUUGCAUUGGAUGCAGCGAGAGGGAAAGGCAAGCACUCCUUGCACUUAAACAAGGUCUCGUGGCUGACUACGGCGACCCCUUCCCUUCCUGGGGAAGAGAAGCCCAAAACAAAGAUUGCUGCGAAUGGGAUGGAGUCCACUGCAGCAACCAAACUGGCCAUGUUGUUAAGCUUGAACUCCAUGGUGUGCAAGGUAAGAUUAGUCCUAAACUCAUUGAGUUGCAGCAUUUGGAAUAUUUGGACCUUAGUGGGAAUAAUUUCAGUCGGAGCCAAAUUCCAGAUUUCAUUGGAAUCAGAGCAAUUUAA